CAACAAAAAAUAUCUUAAAUUUAUAAGCAACGUUAUGAAUUUAUGCUUAAAUUAAGAUAAAGCUUAUUCCAGAUAGAAUAAUUAUAUUAAUGUCUACACAGAAAGACAAAAGCGGUCUUAAUUCUCAAGUGUUUAGCAUACCUAAACAUAAUUAAUGGUACACUUGUAUCUUAAUUAAUAUAAAAAAUGUCCUUAUAUGAUGAUGUUGACACAAUCAAAGCACGCACGACUGAAAAGGUUGCCGGAUGGUCAUCAGGAAUCAAACUUUUACAAUCGCAAUUGCAACUUAAAAAGGCUGCUGUUACCCAACCUAAAAGAGAGGCAUCGCGUAGGUCUGCUCAGGUUUUAACUCCAGUAAUAGAUUUAAAGAGUAAACCAAAAGAUGAAGAAGAAGCAAAUAUUAUUAACGUUCAGCCAAAGAUAACAGAUCCUAAUGAUAUUGACUGGAAUAUUCCAAAUGAAUAUGAUCCUAUGUGGCCCAAUGAUUAUGAAAAGGUUGCAAAAGAAAUGCAGGCUAAACGUCUCAACCUUGAUGGUAGUGAAAGAGGAGAGAGAUCAGAAAGAAAGAGAAAAAGCAGAUUUGGUGAUGAUGAUGCUGUUCCAGAGAAAACCAUGAUUCCUAUGAAACAAGAAGAAGAAGAGGCUGAAGAAAUCACAAAGCGAGCAGCCGGUGUCGCCAUAGCACCACCCCCGUCCCUGACAGUUGAAACACCAUCACCUCCACCUGUAGCUCUCCCCGUACCUACACCUUCCGCAGGAUUUUCAAUCGGCGGUUACGGUGCUAGUUCUGUUGCAGCAAAAAUUAUGGCCAAAUAUGGUUUUAAGGAAGGUCAAGGCUUAGGAAAGAAGGAACAGGGCAUGUCAGUUGCUUUACAAGUUGAGAAAACAUCAAAAAGGGGUGGGAGAAUUAUUCAUGAAAAAGACAGCUCCGUUAUGCCACCUCCAGGAUUCCCGACAGCAACAUCAGGGCCAGAUUCACCAUCACAGCAAUCUAAACAGGAGCCUUCAAUAACAGAGAUAAUGAAAACACCCAGCAAAGUAGUGCUACUGAGGAAUAUGGUUGGCCCAGGUGAUGUAGACGAGGAACUAGAGCCAGAAGUGAAAGACGAAUGCAAUACCAAAUAUGGUGAUGUUAUCAAAGUAGUAAUAUUUGAAUUGCCAAAUGCAGCAGCAGAUGAAGCCGUCAGAAUAUUUGUGGAAUUUAAACGAAUUGAAAGUGCCAUUAAAGCUGUUGUAGACUUGAAUGGUAGAUUCUUUGGAGGCAGACAAGUCAAAGCCGGAUUUUACGAUGUGGAAAAAUUCAAUUUGUUGCAACUAACAGAGUGAAGAUGAGACUGGAAAUAUAUAUUAAAGAGUUAAUAAAUCUGUAAGCUUUUC